CGAGGCUUCCCUAAUGCAUGAAGCGAGCAAAAGCAUACGUAAAGCCUCUGAAAAGAAUGCUCGAGACGAGGAGAGAAAAGAAUAAACCAAUUUCAAAGGAAACAAAGGAAGGAGGGAAGGUUUUCCUCCACAACGUGUAUAAAAACAGGAAGCAAAUGUACUCUGCCAUAAAUCAAUCCAAGAAACUAGUAGGAAGGCAGGGAGAAACAGAAACAGCUGAAGGUUAUGGCAUCUAUUAAUCGGGUUUCCGAGGUUUUCGAGCCAUCCACGGAGUGGGCAUCCGAGGAAGGAUUCGACACCCUUCUCGUGUUUCUACCAGGCUUCAAAAGAGAGGAGAUUAAGGUGCAAGUUACCUCGGCUCGGAAUCUGCGGAUCAUAGGAGAGCGCAAAGUCGGCGAUAACCGAUGGAGCCAUUUCCGCAAGGAGUUUCCUAUCUCAUCGAACUAUGACUCUCACAGGAUCAGCGCGAGGUUCGACGAUGGCAUUCUCCAUAUCAAGUACCCCAAGAUGAUCGUACGUGCCGAGCCUCUAACUGUAGAGGAAAAAGAGGCGAAAGGAAAACCUAUGGGAGAAACUCAAAAACCUCCGGAAACUCAGAAACCUCCGGAACCCAAAUCUGAGCUGCAACAACCAGGAAGGCCUGACCAGAAGACGGAACCUAAAGACUCUCCAAAGCCUAUGGAACACAAAACCAAGCCUGAGCUGCAACAGCCCGGAAAGACCGAUCAAAGGAAGGAAACUGGAGAACCUCCCAAGCCUUCCCACAAACCCGAGCCGCAAACUCAAAAGGCUGAUAAGCAGAAGGAACCCGAUCAAAUCCCCUCAAAGACCGGUGCAGAGAAGCAACCUGUCGAGAAAACUAGCAGGAAAGAAGACUCUGGCCCCCAAAAGUCGCCCGAGAAGGAACAUAAGCCAAGCGAAAUGAGAGGAGAGAUUGCUCAGAGUAGUGCACCCCCUGAUAGGGAUGAUGCUUCAGAAACAGCUUUACAGAGGAAAAAGAAGGCUGAAGAAAAAAGGGCUAUGUAUAUGACUGAGGAGCAUGAAAAGCCAAGUGAGUCGGUCCACGGUGGUGAAAGGAAGAUGAGGAAACAGACGCGCAGGCAUUUGGGCAGCAACAGCCGCAGGAACACAGAGAGUCAUAUACUAACGAAGCUGAAUAAGUACGGAUAUCUCAUAAACUUGGUUGUGGCAAGUUUCUUGGUUCUGGCCCUUGCCCUGUACAUAAAGUACAAAAUAAUAUCGAGAGGAACAAUUCAGUCAGAAAACUUAGAAGGUCUAGAAGACUAACUUCGUAUUGUGCCUGCUGCCCAUGUAUAUGGUUCCUAAACAAAAAUAUUACUUGUAAAUUGAAAUGUACACUCACAGUGAAUAAUAUGGCUCUGAGCUUCUGCUAAA